AUGGAUUCUUUUGUUAUCCCCGCUAACAAGGACGAGAAAACACUAGAAGGUGAUUAUACUCAUGUUCACGAAGGCAAAAUUCUUGCAACUGUCGCCGGUCGUGUCAAAAAUACAAAGAAGUCAGAUACUGAAAUUUCUAGUAUCACGCGGCGUUUUGCUCGCUGUGACGUCGUGGCCCUCGGUGACCGUCCUCUUGCGGGUACAUUCCGUGGCAUGAUCCGACGUGAGGACAUUCGCGCUACUCAACGCGAUCGAGCGGAGCCAGCGCUGUCUUUUCGCCCGGGCGACUUAGUACGCGCCCGAGUUGUAAACGUAGUUGGGUCGACGUCAUGCGGCUACGCCUCGACCUCCCUCCCCGACGCUGCACAGUGUUGUCCUGAAGUGGGAUCUGUCGUCACGUCAGCACGUGCUGUCGCCGCUUCCGUGCUGUCGUCGUCGUGCGUGACCUCCGCCACUGUCUCUGGCGCGACGUACCUUCUCUCGACUGCUGAGCCCGAGCUAGGCGUGGUGGUGGGCAUUGGCAGACCGCCACUGAGUGGAACUACGGCGAUAUACGGCGCCACCGGCGGCUGUCCUCUCCUUCCUGCCAGUUGGACUGAAAUGGUCUGUCCCCGGACGAUGGCUCGCUUCCCUCGUAAAGUUGCUCGCGUCCCUGACGACCUCUUAAAUGUACUGGCUUCGAGCACAUUACCACAACCGCUUACGUCAUCUUAA